UACGGAUUCUCAUAUGUUUUAAUAAUCAUGAAAAUCAAAUUAGAGGUACUAGCCUCUACAUGUAUCAAACAGAAGAAGCCAUGGCCUCGAAUCACCUGGCUGGGAGAGCAAAAAGAGGCUGUUUUUCUAUUGGAUGACAAAAACAUACAGGAAAUUAACCUGCUUUCUGGAAAGACAAAAAAGAAGAUUCCACAAUUACAGACUUUUCUGAAGAAUGUUAUUGUAUUAUCAACCUCAAGAAAUGGAGCUUGGUUGGCAGGAAUGCUUAAAACAGGAGAGCUAUUUCUUUGGAACAAGGAUCAGGACAUUAUAAAAACUGUUCCAGCCAUAGAGGAGUCUAAAAAGGUUGCUAUGGCAGUGCAAGAACAUUCCUUGAGGUUAUGCUUACGUGUUUCCGGCAGUGGAAAUAAAAUACUUCUUGCUACUCUAGAUGUCUGUGUUUUAUUGUGGGAAAGCAUAGAAUCAAAAGCAACACCUUUCCAAAUUUCUGCAAUGGGACAGUGGUCCCAAAUUAUUCCUGAAGCUUCAAUUGUGUUACCAGCCAUCGAAGAGAAGGAAACUGUAGUUAGUGUUGAUUUUAUUGAAAAUGAGAUAUUGGGAGAAUGUUGCUUGGGUUCUUUUGCAUUUUAUUCUGAGGCCCAACUGGUGCUGAUAUUUUUGAAGAUCAAAUGGCAGGAGAACGGUUUAAAAAAUGCAAGCUCUGUUCCAUGUCAAACACAUUGGGCACAACAAACGUGCUCGCUGCUUAAUUUGGCUCCCUCUUGUGAAUCCGUGAAGUCAAGAGGUGCUUUGCUUACUGAAUUCUCACAUGAUGGACUUGUGCUAGCAAUAGCUCUCAAUCAAAAGGAUCUACAGGGAACUCAAAUUCUGUUUAUGAGCACUAAGAAUUUUAUUACUACUUCAGGGAGUCUUAAAGGUUGUGGUAGCAAGAAUCCCCAAAUUCCAUCCAAAUUAAUAAGGUCUUACUGGAUUUCUGACAUGAGCUGGACUCCUGAUAGUCUGUUUUUGGUUUGCAUGUUAAAACGUGGAUCUCUGAUCAUAAUGACAUGCUUGGGUGAACUGAUGACUUUAGUUACUUAUGGCUGCUCUAUAGAAUUUGGACCAGCAGAAUUCAUUCCUCUACAUCCAUUAAUAAUACACAGAUCGCAGAACUCUCUCUUGAAUUCUAAUGAUUCAUCAGUUUCUGAAGGAGACUUCAUGAGGCAGAGAUUUUCUGUAAUAUGUCACUCCAGUUUGCCUUAUCUCAUUGCCUCUGAUGGAUACAUGGUUACAGUUCUUAAAUUUUCCAGUGAGUUUUCACCUUCUACCUAUACAAAGUCAUUGCUGCUUGAUUCAGCCCAAAGACUAGAAAAGUUGCAUCACAAUUUGAUCAAAUUCAAGUCUGAGGGGAAAAAGCAGCCACUGCCGUCAUUGUCUUCUUUAAGAGCUAAUCUCUUACAAUAUGAAAAUCAACUUUCUACUUUCCCUGGCACUCCAAAGUUUCUACAAGAAGAAGAGGGAGCCACUGAACUAAAUGAAGAAGUAUCACUAUUCCAGGAAUGCAAUGAAGAAUCCAGUGAUGACAUUUUUUUUCAAAGUAAUUCAUAUAUUUUGGGAAGCCAAAAAGCAGAUUUCUCUUUAGGUGAUGAAGGCCAGCUGGAAUUCGCAUCAAUGUUUGACACAAUUCAUGCAAUAGAUGGAACAGAGAGAAAAAAAGAUGGCCUAUUGUUUGAACUGAACCAUAUUCAAAAAAAUCUCAUCGCCGCUUGGAGAGUGGGCAUUUCAAAAAGUAUAAAAGAAAAAGAUAUAUUAUUAAAUUUUAACAUUCGUUGUGUUGUACACUUUUUUAACAUUCUCCAGCAUGUGAAACUUAAAGAAUUAGAUCAUCCUGUCAAGAAUCAAUCAUGGAUACAAUGUGUCUUAAACUGUUUCCAACAAUUUUUGACUGUCCUAAGUUGGGAAGAUCAACACAGACAAACAUUGGGGCAUUUAAUGAAAUUCACAAUGCAGACCUUAAAACUGAUACUUGCAGAACCACAAGAUCACCUUUUCUCCACUAAUCUUUUGGGGGGUUUCUCCUUGCUGAAGAUGGUUAUUCAUUAUUUAAAUGCCAAAAAAAUACCACAGUAUGAAGUUGUUCUAGCAGAUCUGAGUGGUAAUAAUAAAGUGGAACUAGAUUCUAUUGAUGUGCCUCUGUUUCAAAGCAUGGAUUGGAAUAGUCACCAGAAGCACUGUGCAUUACAUUCUGUGCUAACGUGUUCUCUUCCAAUGGCAAAUCGAACUGAGAAUCAGGAAAAAAGGUUAACUGUAAUCUGGCGACACUUGUAUAAGCAUGUGAUUUGGUAUUGGGCACAACUAAACAGAAAAGUGAAUAACUCAAACAAAUCAGUGACUGAAAUCCAAAUUGCUCAGGAAAUUCCAGUGAUCAAAGCACUUGCAAGUCAUAUACAGGCAAUCUUACAGUCUUCGGGAGAAAGCUUGGAACAACUUCUGAAUCUCAAGUCUGUGAAUGGUGAGGAAGAGUUUCUGAUAGGAUCGUAUAAAAAGUCUGUGGAGGCCUGGGAGAAAGCUUUUCAGGAAACAAAAGCAAAAGGAAGAAAGAGAAUACCCUUCCUUCAAACUCGAUAUUAUCUUGCUAUUUUAUAUUGCCAUCUCUAUCAUUAUAAUGUAAGUGAGGCUCAGGGUCUGUGUGAUCAUCUGGUAUAUGAACUUCUAAAACAAAAUCAAAUUUCUGUAAGAAACCGAGAUGUUUUAACAGAUGCUGAAUGGAUAAAAGAUGUUCACACUGAAGCUGCUCUAGCAGUGGUUCAGUCUUUGGCCCGAUUCAUGGCAGCCUACUUCACUAAUGGGCCAAUUUAUAUACUUCCUCCCCACAGUGUUGGUAUCUUACCUCCACUUCAUAUCAAGCCAGAUCAGUGCCUUCGUAUUAUUCCUCUGCAACACUCCAGAAUCACUGAAGCAGUUAGGGAUAAUGGCCUGUCUUGUGCUUGGACUGUAGAAUAUACUAUUGAUUUGUUGCUAAUCAGUGGACUAAUUCCAGAAGCUGUGUGGCUAGCCCAGAAACUUGGAGACUGGAAAAUGGCUGUUUCAAUUGGAGUGGCUUAUCAACUAUAUUGUCAAAGUAAUAAAAGCUUUGCAAGGUCAGGGAAAGUGGAAUUAUUCCUGCCAUUACACUUGAUGCCAACAAACAUUUUUCAAGAAAAGCUACAAUCUUUUUUGGGUCAGCCUGUCAACAAUGAAACAACAAGUCAAGGAAACUUCAGAUACAAGCAACCCACAGAUCCUAUUGAAGAAGAAGAUGCAAAUGCCCUUUUUAGUUCAGUAGAACAAAUAUUAAAAGCAGCUGUUAUGGCAGAAGCAGACAUUCUAUCAGAAACCUUUCAGGUUUUGAUGGACUUUGCCAAGGAUCAUAGUAGAAAAUUCUGUGGCUUGGUUCCUGAUGGCUUAUAUCUUCCAGCACCUCCUUUAUAUUGUCCUCAGCCAACAUUUGAAGAAUAUACUGAUGUACCAUUAAAAAUAGAGAGAGACUGCAGACAAAAAGUAUCUGGAAUUGUUCAACGGAUUCUUCUUCUUUUCCGGGCUGCUCAUUGUUCUUUUGCUGCUGCUCAGUGGUAUAUUGUGAGGCUAAAACAUGCACGAAGAGUUAUGCAAAAGAUCCACAAAAAAGGUGCCCUUCCUCCUUUAAGUGAUCUUCCAGAAAAUUUGCUUAAGUAUUCCAAAUAUCAUACUGUGUUCUUAAGGCCCUCUUCUUUUGGAGACCAUAACUUUGAUGCUGUUUCGUGUAAAACUAUAGGAUGCUUUCGAGAAUUAUGUAUAUUGUGCUGGAUGCUUCAUGUUCGUGAAAGAUUGUCUGAUAGUUGCAGACGGUAUCAAAGGGCAAGGGAGAAUUUGGAAAACCGGAAUGAAUUCAAGAGGAUCGAAUUUGAUGCUUGCAUAGUUGAGUACUCUGUCAGUGCUUUGGAGUGGGCUUGCCGAAUGCUUCCUUUUGCUAGAUUCAUGAACAUUGAAGAACUUGUGCAAGAUAUCAUUCUGAGCCUUAUUGGAGAAUUACCACCAAUUAAAAAGGUGGCAGAAAUUUUGGUAAAAGCAUUUCCUAGCCCUGAAGAUGUGAGGGUCUCACUAAGGGAUAAACAUAAUGAUCUAUAUCAACGACUUAGGCACUGCACAGUUAAAGCAGAUUCACUUUCUGAGUUUGGGAUGACAGAAGAAGCAAGAAAACCGAAGCAAGAAGAUCCCAAUGAUUUACCCUCUUGUAUAGAUGUUUCCAACCGUAAAGAGUGGACUGAAAAGUUAAAAGACUGCAGUGGGGAAAGAGAUUUUAAAAAAGAGACCCAUGAAGACGUUCCCAAUCAACUUCAUAUGCCUCUAGUCGGUGAAUGGGAAUUUGAACGUGAUGAUGAUGAAUACAUUAAGUUUUUAGACCUCUUCCUAACUUACAUACUUGAAAGAGAUCCACUCAAUCACAGUGAAUCUGCUGUUCCUUUUCUGACAUGCUUUUCAGCACUGCUUAGAGAGCAUGAGCUCCAUUCUCUUCUUUUUGAUGUUCAUACAACACUGAUACGUCGACAGGUGAGAACUGAAGUCCAAAAUGCAUUCCGAGCUGGUUCUUGCUACACCCUUGGUUUUGGAUUUAGUGAUUCUAAACUAGCUUCUGUAUGUGAUAAAAAGAAAAAAGAUUGUGAAAAAGAAACUUUAGCCGAUGAGCAACUGUUAGAGCUUUCAGAUUGUGAUUCAGUUAUGAGACUUGCUGAAAGAAGAGGCUUAUUUGGUCAAAGCCAGCAAUCAGUCAGUGACUCACAUAAUUCCAGUAAGACAUUCACACCAGCGUUGGUUCAAUGUCGGUCUACCCCUAAAACAGCUCUGUUUCAAAAAUACAUCUGCAAAACUGGACAAGUGAAUGACAUCACACAACAAGACGAACCAGUUCCAGAAAUACAUCUUAAAUUUAACAAUAUAUCUCGCUUACUUGAAUGGAUGAUCAGAUGGUCCAGUAAAAGAAUGGUUCAAGAUCCCAUCACAACAGGGGCAUUUCAGGAAUGCCAGCCAAUGAUGCAUGUGAAAAUAUCUUCAUCUGCCAUUCUUUCAUCAUUGUGGAUUUUAGAGCGACGUUACGGCAACAAAUUUCAAGACCAAAAUUGCGAUUUGAAACCACAGAAACUGUGUGAAAAAUUUUCCACUAUCACACCCAAACUGGAGAAAGAUGGUUCUGAGGAUACAAAUAGUUCUUCAUCAGAAGGAGCUCCAGCUGAUAUCCAAAAUGGACAUGCAUAUGGUGAACCAUUUAAAAAUAUUCCAAGGUGUGGAACAUUACCUGAAAAGCAAAAUAGUAAGAAAGUAAGUCGUAGGGAUCAUUCUAUAGUACCUGAUAUAAACAUUGGAAGUACAGCUGUGGAUAUCAGUCUGGCAGAAAGAGUGGCAGAAUUUCUACGAAAUGAAAGAGACAUAACAUCUGAAACUGAAGGUUUUGAAGUCUAUAGUGAAGAUCCAGUUUCAAGAAAUCCUACCAUCUCUGUCAGUAUUAAAGCAGUACAAAAGAAAAAUGAACAUCUCUCUGAAUUAAAAGUAGAAUGUCAACAGGAUGAACCUUUAAUGGAAACCCCUGAGAGAAAAUGUACAAAACCUGAUGGAGUCCAAAGUUGUGCACAGGGUAACAGUGUUUGUUUAAAAACAGUAUUUACAAAAAAGAUUACUGCUGUGAUAAAGAAUGAAUAUACUACAGGUGAAGUAGUUCCCGGUGAUUCUCCCCUUUCAUUUUGUUCUGAAAAGAGGGCAGAAACAGCUAGUGUAGACAUCACUGUUUCAGAUGAUCAGCCUUCUUUCACAGAAGUGUCAGAGAUUCCUUCAAAUGAUGCUGGUGUAGAAACAGAGAUGGUUGAUAGAAGAGAAACUACAGCACAACCACCGAACACUUCAGAGGUUGUCAGGGAAAUGCUACAAGAUGAAAUGUUUAAGCUGAUUCAGCUACAGCAGAUUAACUAUCUGAGCCUCAUGCAAAUAGUUGGAUUUGCCAACUUGCCAAGUACAUCACAGCAAAUGCAGCAACCUCAACCUUUUCCAUUAGGAAGAAACUGGGCUUCAAACACUGAAGCAAAUAAUGUCCAUCGAUCUCCUCCCAUGCAGCCAGCAGAUGGUGUGCAAAAACCUACUGAGCAUCAGAUACCAACUCUAGAAAACAAUUGGAAUGUUGGUCAGAAAAAUAACAGUUCUCAGGAAGAAAAGAACCAGAUUAGAACCAGAAUGGAACCUGAUCAGAACCAGAAUGGAAAUAACACAAGGUCUGUGCAUAUGACUGAUUCUUCAGCGUUACGAGAGAGUGAGUCUAUUGGUGCAAGUUUGAGGCUGCCACGUCAAAGCUCACCUCAUCAGAAUCCAGCCAGGCCAUUCCCUCUAUUAUCUAUUUCCCUAAAUCCUGAGAAGAAACCAAAGCUUAUUCCAGUGGCAAAACAGUUAAAUAAUGCAGAGGGAUUUCCUUUGCUGAAGCUAAAAACAAAUUAUCAAUUUCAGCCACUCAGUUUCUGUCCAGUAAUCCCCCGCAGAUCCUCUGGACCAUCAUCAGGACCAAGAGAAGCCUGGGGUCCCCCGCCUUCUCUGGCACAAAAUCCUCCCAGUUUACAGAUGUCAGAACCCACAAGUGAGACAGGAGCACAUCUAAACUUGAACUGUUAUGAUCAAAAUGUUAUAAACCAGGCACAAAAGCAGACAAAGCGUUGGGCAGAACCAGUCAAGACAGGGAUUUCCAAACAGUUUCCUACAGAUGAAUAUGGAAAAAAGAAAGAUUCAGCACCGUUACAACCCUUCCAUGAAUGUCUAAGGCCAGAAAAACCAUUGGUUGACAAUGAAAUUAAUUCACAUCAAGCACAUGGGCAUUUUACUGAAAUUCCUUUGCUAUAUCUGAAGACCAGCCCACAAUCCAAAUUUUUACCAAUUAAGCUUACAACAAAAACUACAGAUUGCAGAGCACCCCCUGGACAGACAGGAUUACCAUUGCUUUAUUCUAAUUUACCUCCACUAACCAAGUUUCAGAUACCGAAACUCAUUCCCCUUCAAGAUCUGAUUGCAUUUGAACAAAGCCAGCAUAUUGUUCAGUACCCGGAGCAUAAAGAGCAUCCCAAGCAGAUACAGUUAUUGAAAGCUAAUAUUAAACUAAAUCAAGCAAGACAAGUUAGGAGUAAUAAGAAAAGGCAGAAGAGACGUAUUGAAAAUCAGAUCAAGGAGAAUGAAGAAAAAAUGAAAGCCAUUGUGACUAAUCAACAAAAUGAUUCUUCUGUUCUUCCUGAUGCUGUAAAGCCAACAAAGGAACCCCAAGCUGAAUUAAGUGCUGGCCCAUAUGAUGCCAGUUCAUUACCAAAAUCAGAUACAUAUAUUUCAUCAGCGGCACUACAUUACCUGGCUUCUGUAGGAAAAAAGACUGCAGAUCUGCAGAACGCUAGCACAAAUACAGACACUGUUCUGAAAUCAUCUCAUAGUAUACAAACUGUAUCAGAAGAAAUAAUUGAUGAAUCUAUUGGGAAUCAAUCAGUCGCUUCUGCUUCUGCAUCUGUACCAGUUGAAAAAUCACAUCAGGAUGUUAUAACAGACUCAGAACAAAUAAUUGCUGAAACUAAUAAAAAUCAGCCAAUCAUUUCUGCUUCCGCUUCUGCUUCUGCAACAGAACUGUUACCUUCUUGCGUUCCUCAGACUUUGCCACCAGAGUUGUAUGUCGACUUUAAGUCAGCCAGCGCAACUACGGAGACGCCUUUGCCAUCUUCCUCUGAUUUGGCUGAACAGAGAUAUAUCAGUGUGACCGAUAUAGAGGCUGGUGACCUUCUCAAUAAUUUGCCAGUUAAAUUUGAGCCUGCUGCACAGCCUAUUGUCACACAUCCUGUGAAGUCUGAAUUCUCAGCUUCUACAAAGCUGCAUUAUCCAGCAGUCUCUGUUACCAGUGCAUUACCCCUGGAUGAGUUUGAGAGACAAGAAAAGAGUCUCGAAAUUGAAUUGUCUCUACUACCACCAAGAAUAACAGAAGAAGAAACUGCGGGUGAUCAUCUUACCUCAAGUCUCCUUCGUGAAGAUUUUCCCAGUAUUUACACAGGACAGUUGGGUCAAAAGAUCAGUAGACAGCAUUUUUCUGGAAAACUACAAGAAAUGGAUAGACAACUGUCGUACUUACAAAAUUUGGCAGAAGGAAUGGAGAAAGAAUAUAGCACUACUAAAUUGUUUGGGGAAACCGCAAAAGAUGUGAUAUCUGAUCAAGAAGAAAAUGACAUAUUGUUCUUUGCACCAGGUGUUAAGCUUUGCAAAGCAGAACGUUACUCAACCCGUGUAAGAGUGGAGAAUUUUAUGGAGGAGAAAGAUUUCUUAGAAGCAGAAUCUUCUCCAAAUCAUUUCAUUGCCUUAAAAACACCUUCUGUUUCAUCUUUAGUAUCAGCUGCUGAUCAUCCCAGGGUCAACAAACUGUAUUCUGAUAUUAGUUUUAAAAUGGAAGAACAAGAUGAGAGAUGUUCAGAAGAUCGCCUUCGAAUCACUGGCUUGAGUGAUGUUUUGGACAUUGUUAAUGAUCUUAUAGUGGAGAAUGGUGUUUCUCCUUCAGAGCUGGGCCUUACAGAAACUCAAGCUAGAAAAAUGGCCAGUCUUUCAAAUAUACCAUGUAAGCAGACAUAUAAAGCUGAGAAGGAUAAAAAAGAGUUACAUGCUUGGAUGAAAAGAAAACGAAAACAGAGACUUGCUGAAUAUAUGCAAACACUGUCUGAAAAACGGGCAAAAGAGCACAAUCCAUUCCAUUUGAGAAAGAUGCCCCUUGGACUAUCAACGCGAGAGAUUAAAUUACAACAGAAAAAGAAGAAGGAGAAAGAUAAGGUCUUGCUAUCUGAACAUCAUAACUUAAGAGUCAACGAAGCUCUCACUCUGAUGCAAGACUUGCUGUCUGACACUGUGCAGCUCCCUUCCAGUAAAUAUAAACCAUCGUCUAGAAGAAAAUCAUCUUAUGAUUAUAAGCAGCCACGCAUCACUUCUGCUGGAGGUUUCCAUGGGAGGAGCAAGCCAUUUGCCAAAGUUGGUUUGGGUGCAACAAGAUCCCUUUCAAGUCUGUCUUGUGACACAACUCGUAAAAAGGGUCGACUCUGCCAAACUCCGUACAGAAGAAUGUCACUAGAAUCCCAUCAAGGUGAAGCAUAUGGGAAAAGCAGUAGAAACCAGAGGCAAUGGACGAGUAGCAGGCUGGACCUAAGAAACCAUGCUUCUGAUCAGACAAGAGAGUCAAUGAAUGAGAAAAGGCUCUUCACUUCUAGUGUGACAUCUCAGGCCACUGAAGAGACUGAAGACAAUACAGUGAGCGGUUGGAGUGUCCCUGAAGAGAUCCAGCAAAUACUGUAUGGCACAUCUAAUGCACAUUUCAACAAGGAAUCACUUCCAGAAGAUGCUUACUCGAUUGCCAGUCUUAAUAAUAUUGACAGUAUGAGUGAAAGUACCAGCAGCAUCCUUAGCAAGCUAGAUUGGAAUUCCAUAGAGGCUAUGGUAGCAAAUGUGGAGAAGUAAAACUGUAUCUAGCCUGUUCUGGUCUUUAAAAUGUCAUUAAGUGGAAUAUGUAAAUGAAUAAUUGAUGGUGAAGUUGGAAGACAAUCAAGCAAUGUCCACAAGUAACAUCAAGAGCCAGCAUUCAUCCAUUCAGGAAAUACUGCAUAAUGUUACAGAAAAAAUCAAGGAAUUUUUUAAAAAAUGAUUACCUUCAGAAUGAUUUGAAACGCAAGGUGAUGUUCCACACGAUGGCAUUUUAGCAUUUGUAGAGUAUGUAGAUGUUUAAUAAAUCUGGCAAACAAGGUCCUAAGGAUGUUUAGAUGACCAGGCUUGCAUCUUGAUUUCAAUGAAUCUUGCUUAAAACAAUGAACAUUUAAAUAUUCCUAUAAUAAAAUGUUUGGUUGGUUUGUUUGCUUAUGUUUGACUAGUUUGUAUAAUAUCAAGUUUGUUUUGAAGGUGUUGCUGAUAUCCAGUAUCCUUGCUGUGUUACUUUUGGGUAGUUUGUGAGAGAUGAUCAGGCCUUAAAAAUAUGUUGCCUCCUUUGCUAUGU